AUGUUGUUAUUCUGUCACACACUCGCCGGAGCCUUUCUGCCAUUCUUCAUCCUUUCAGGAAAUUGGGUUUCAGCUGAGAACAUCAACUUUUACAGCGUGAGGCCUCCGCUGGACCCCACUCCGUUUCCAAACAGUUUCAAGUGCUUUACGUGUGACAACGCGGUGGACAAUUACAACUGCAACAGAUGGGCUGAAGAUAGAUGGUGUCCCGAAAGUACUCAGUACUGUUUGACAGUUCAUCUCUUCACAGACCAUGGAAAGAGUACAUCAGUCACCAAAAAAUGCGCCACGGGAGAGGAAUGCCACUUGGUGGGCUGCCACCGUCACAGGGAGAGCGGCCACACGGAAUGCGUUUCCUGCUGUGAAGGCAUGAUUUGCAAUGUAGAAAUACCAACCAAUCACACAAACGCGGUGUUUGCCGUCUUGCACGCCCGGAGAACAUCGGGUGGCAGCAGGAGGACGGUGAGCGUCGCAGUGCUCGUGUUGGUCAUGAUGAUCGCGUUGUCGUGA